CCUGAUCUGAGAGCAGCUAAUGCGAGUUUUCGAAAGGCCUUGUAAACGGGCCAAAUCUGACCUGAGAGCCGUCGGCAGCCGGCGCCGCUGUCUCCGCCCCCUCGGCGGGCAAGCGGCCGGCGCAAAAAAAGCAGCAAAAUCGGUCCCGUCCGACCAGCCGAGUGCCAAAAGAAGCCGAUCCGAACCGAACCGAGCGGAGUCGAGCAAAGUCCAAGCUUGUUUUUACCUUAUUUGGCGCUCGUACGCUGUGUUUUUCCUUCGAGUUUAAGCGCGAGCCUCACAGGAAGCACAAGACUUGCUUUUCCUAACGUUCGUGCCGUUGGCCGAGUCGACCAAUGGCACAUGAGAAGCUCGGUCACGUGAGGCUGCGGCCGCUCGCUACUGACUUCCGGGUUCGGCGGACGGGCGACGAUCGCUAAUCGAUGAUCGGUGCGGCGUCGCCAUGGCCACACGCGGGAGCCGCGGCAAGACUUUGAUCUUCAGCGAAGACGGUGAGGAGCUCAACCCUUUCUCCUUCAGGGAGUUCCUGCGCACCAAGGACCGGAACCGGAACCGGAAGCGGACGAGGACGAGGACGUGUCAGUGCGGGGGGUGUGUGAGGAUCGAGACUCGGCUCAGGUUCUACCGCGGAGACGACGACGUCACGCAGCCGAUCGGAAGCCGGGGGAGGAGCUUACAGGAGCUCCACGAGGAGAACGUCUCUCUGACGAGAGCCAUCUCGGCGCUUCGGAGAACAUCGGAAGCAAACGGGCGAAGGGCGGAGGCGCUGGAGGAGGAGCUUCAACGCGGACGGCAGCGGGAGGAGGAGGAGGCGCGAGACCUGGAGGACACGGUCCGCUCCGUGGAGCGCAACCUGCGUGAGAUGACGAAACGAGCGCUGAGGGCCGAGAGCAGCGUGUGCGGGAUGAAGGCGGAGCUUCGGCAGCUGCAAGACCUGGAAGACGGAACCAUGAAUUCUGCUGUCUACCGAGGCAUCCGGAAGGAGAAUGUCCGGCCUUCUCUUCGUGACCUCAAGCUGAAACCAACUUGGGUUCUGCAGCAGGACAAUGAUCCGAUACGCACGAGCAAGUCCACCUCUGAAUGGCUGAAGAAAAACAAAAUGAAGACUUUGGAUUCCUGACCAGAAUCUUAUUGAGAUGCUGUGGCGUGACCUUCAAAAGGCGCUUUGUACCGGCGUUACCAGAUAACCAUGAACCCUUUAUGGUCUUUCUGUCUCCAAAGUGUCCUCUGUCCAUUGACCGUCUGUUGUCGUACAAAUUCCUUGUGUGUUUUUCGGACAUACUUGACAAAUAAAGAUGAUUCUGAUUCUGA